AUGAAAUAUGAAGAAAAACGAGAACGUAAAUUCCAAGAAAAAUGGCAAAAUGAAUUUCCGUGGGUCGAAUUAGACACAACAGGACAGUUGAUGACCUGCAAGGUAUGCAAGGCAUAUCCUGAGCUAAGUGAUCGCGAGAGUGCUUUUGUCAAGGGUUGUUGUAACAUGAGGAAAGACACGUUAACUGCACAUGAUCAGAAUAAAAAACACAAAUUUUGCAUUGACAGAUCAAUAUCUGACAAACGAGAAUUGUGCAGUUUACAGGCAAAGAAUGGUGUUGACAUGGGAUCCAUGUACAGAAAUGACAAGGGCUGUAAGACAUUUAUAGAACACAUUGCUAAUUCUGAAAUUGAAAAAAUCAAGAAAGAUGUCAUGGAAAGUCGUUAUUUUUCUGUGUUAUCUGAUGGUUCUACGGACAGUUCCAUUACAGAACAGGAGGCUGUCUACAUCCGGUACAUUGGACCUGAAGGGAAGCCCCAAACAGAAUGUUGUGACAUAGUCUCAUUGGAAACUGCUGAUGCAUCAGGUGUACUUCAAGAUAUUGACAGAGCUUUAGAAACAAUCGGCAUCGAUGAAAAUGCAUUCAAAUCAAAGCUUGUGGGAUGUAAUUUUGAUGGUGCAGCAGUCAUGAUGGGAAAAAAAGGGGGAGUUGCCGCAAAAGUGAAAGAAAGAGUACCACAUGCUGUGGCUAUACAUUGUGUGGCUCAUAACCUUGAGCUGGCUGUGCUUGAAUCUGUUAAAACUGUUCCAUAUCUUUCAAAGUUUGAUACAACUGUAAAGAACAUCUUUCUGUUCUAUUACUACUCUCCUAAGAAAAGAAGGGAACUGAGAGCUAUAUCAGACCUGCUGGAUGAAAAUGCUGCUUAUUUUAGUGGAAUGAAGCAGGUACGGUGGUUGGCAAGUCGACACAGGGCACUGAAGGCAAUAGAAAAACACUACGCAGUGACCGUCAUCCACCUGGAAAACACUGCUUCUGGAAAGACUGCUGAUGCAGCAAAAGCAAAGGGUAUAUUGAAUGAUUUCAAGUCACAUAAGUUUGUGAAAUUCCUACACUUCAUGAUUGAUGUCACCAAUAUCUUGUCAAUGCUAAGUCAGGGCUAUCAGCGAGAUGACCUUUUCAUCACUGAUGUUGUACGCAACUUGGAGAAGGCAAUGUGGCAAUUGAAGGAAUUACAACAGAACAAAGGAGAAAUGGGGAGAAAGUUUGAGGAGCACUUUAACACAGAGUUAAAGACAUUCAGCUGUGGGAAGGAAAGCACCCAAACUGUGAAGCUUGAUGCAUGCCCUGCAAACUCUACUAGCUCUGACAAGCAACAAUCAUCAUUCCUUGAGGCAGUUGUUGAGUACAUGGACAAGCGAUUCACUGUGUUACAACACCCUGCUUUCAGUGAUGUUACAGUGUCAUUAUUUAAUGACAUUUGGGUAUUAUUUAGAUUUAUCCGUUUUUGUACUACUGUGCAUGUACAGGCUCCGUAUUUAUCAUAUGUAUAUGUGUACGCAGUUGUACCGUAUGCUAUUUAUAUAUAUAUAUGUAAACCUGUUUAA